CGAAACUGUUGCGACAGUAAACAGCUAUUAGCUUUGCGUAUUAGCAUUCAGUACAAUGUUGGUCGUCGAAGAAGUCGGAAUGUAGUAAGAAAUCUGGUAGGGAAAUAUGACGGCUUUGCAGCCAGUUUUCCCUUUGCAAGUCUGCAGACGACUUGAACGACUACUUUUACAGUUGCCCAAGAUACGACGUUUGCGAUAAUACCAGCUUCUCGUGGAAUAUUCGCAUUGAUUACCCUUGCGACUUGGACACUGUUUUUCAACAUGGCGCCCAGUAGUGCUAAACAUUACAGAGGGGAGUCCCUUCCCCUGAUUGUUCAUGUUAUUUUGUUAUUCUAUUUCAUUGGUUUUUCUUAUCAAGAUGACCAUAACUGGAUAGGAAAAUCGCCAGGUGGUUCAGGGAGAAUAAAGCUGCGCAAUUUUGAUACAAAGCAUCAACGGAGGACUGUUGAAAUAACAGAUGAAGGAUAUUUGACAGACAAUAGACAGGAGACUGUCAGUCCCAAACAGUUGGGAGGAAUUGUCAUACAAGCUGAAUCUGAAAAACUGUCAGCUGGUCUUCGUUGGCUAAGUAAUGAUGAAAUUGGAAUUACUAAGAUGCAGGCCAUCUUUGAUUCAUUACCAUAUUCAAAACAUCCAAGUAGUGAAAAGGACAGAUUAAAUAAAAUUGCUGAAAUGCUUCGUUCCCGAUUAAUUGGGUAUUUAAGAGUAUUACGGACAAUAAAGAUAACAGUACAGCAUUUAUACAGCUUUCAUCUAAAACAAGCUAUAACCCAGCGACUGGAUUGUUGCAGUUUACCUUACAGGGACUUCAAAGCGGACCCUGCAUAUGGAUGUCGCAUAUCUCGUUUGACAAGCUGUGAUCUGAUACCACCCAGUUCAGACCCAAGAGAUUUUAAUCCUGGGAGGAAUCUUACUGAAGUGUGGAGCUCGAAUGUCCAGUACUUUCCUAGUGUCAAAUGGCAGUAUUUCAUCUCUACGUCGGGAAUCCACAAUGAAUACCCAGCAAAUGGUUUCCGCUGGGCGGAGGACUGCCGCAAUGUUCACGAUACCAGACACAGAGAUGUCUUCUUAUCAACAAUCCAGCCACAACGAAAGCAUGUUGUGAUUGUAGUGGAUCAUGGCAAUGCUAUGAGUAUCACCCAGUUGCGCACAGCAAAGGCUAUUGCAUUGCAUCUGCUGCAGUCCUUCUCCGAGAAUGACCGGAUUGCGGUGGUGGGACUUGCAGGCAAGUCAACAUUUCCUCGAUCAGACAGCUGUCUGCCUCAUGCAUUGGUGCCAGCUACUGUUGAAACCAAAUUCUACUUCAGCAAGUUUGUGGAAGAUCUUGAGAAACAAGACACUGCUACUAACCACACCCUUGGCUUUGAGACAGCCUUCCAGCUGAUCCACAAUACAUUCAGGAAAGGCAAGAUGUUGUCAGACAGAGCUCUCAUCCUGUAUGUAAGCCGAGGCUUGCUGUCCUCGCUGACUGAAGCCCGGGACGUCAUGGACAUGAUUGCUAUACACAAUGCUCAGAUGGGGCACAAGGUCAUCAUCAACACUUAUGCUGUCAUAGAUGAUGGUAAGCCCAUCAUGUAUGAGAAGAGCUUCCUACAAGAUAUAGCGAACCAGAACUUCUCCAAGUAUGAUGUCCGAUACAGGCUCAAGAUACCAGUCAUUAGGGGCAUCAUGCUGUCCAUCAACAACACCAGAGACCUCAGCUCCACAGUGGGAAGGUUCUAUCUGCCACUCAAUCGGACAGCCAAGGAAGACCCUGUCUUUUCCCUACCCUACAUAGAUGAGGCUGAUAGAGGCCUGACCAUGAGCAUCAGCCAGCCGUGUUUCCCCAAUGUGGGGGAUGUGAAUCACCUGAUUGGCAUGGUGGGUGUGGACCUGCACAUGGAGGACAUUGUCCAGGACAUCACCUACUACAACCCAGGCGAUGGCUCAUAUGCAUUUGUUGUCACAACUGAUGGCUUCACAAUUAUGCACCCAUCCUUUGAGCGUCCAAUCCGUACCAGUGUCCAGCCAAUGCAUACAGACAUUCGGCACUUCGAGAAUUAUGAGGGAUUUGAAGCUGUCCGAGAUAAGAUUCUAAACAAUGAGGAAGGAGAGGAGAGACUGCUGCUGGGCUUGAGGAACCACACCAACCUGGAGGGAGACAUCGUGGAGACUCAGCACUUCUGCAAGUACCUCUGGAAGAAGGUGGAGAAUGUGCCAUACAUUGUCGUCAUCAAGGUGCUUGAGGAACACUCAGAGACGCGCCAGCUCAAAAACAUCCACAUCCACAGCCAGCCUGACCUGGUGUAUCACCGUAUUGACUUGCUCCCCACUGAGAACAUGUGUCUCCACCUCAAGCAGCUGGCCACUGUAGAUAUCAGCACUGUGUUCAUGUCCCCAAGUAGCUUUGUAAGUCCAUUUGAACACCUCAGUCAGGAAGAAAACAAGAGAACAGUCCAGAUGUAUCUGGCCUACCUGAAAGAUGACACAAGACUCAUCACCAACCCUGGUCUCAAGGUUGCUGUGCGUAAUGAUGUUGCAGCCAGCAGUCGGAUCAACUCUGAGUGGAUACGUAGGUACUCCACCAGCAGACUGAAGGACUACAUCAUCCGCAGGUAUGUGGCGACUCCGAGUGGUGUGUUCCGUAUGUUUCCAGGGACAUUACUUGACAAAACAUUUGACCCAACAAAACGUUCAUGGUACACAAGAGCUAUGGAGUUCCCUGGCCAUGUGACUCUCACUGCACCAUACUUGGAUGUUGGUGGCGCUGGGUAUAUUGUUACCAUCAGCCACACCAUAUUUGAGGGAAAACCAGCAGCACUGCACAGCCCUAAGGACCGUGUGGUAGCUGUGAUGGGCAUGGACAUCACUUUAGGCUACUUCCACAAGCUCCUGUCAGAGAGCAUCCCAGCCUGCGAACAGCCCACAGUCAGGUGCUUCCUGAUGGAGGACAAGGGCUACCUGGUGGCUCACCCAGGGCUCAUCGACCCCAAUGGUAAAGGACCAGUAGAGCAGCAGCACAUCACACACAAGGAACCCUUGGUGGCUAAUGAUAUAUUGUACCACACUGGCUUCGUGCAGAAGAAAGUUUGCAACAAGUAUAAUGACAGGACGGUACAGAGAUUUUACAAUUUCAACACCAGCCUAAAUGGGGUGCUCACCAACAUGGUGCAUGGAGAGCACUGUGCUAGGUACCAGAUGACACACAUCCCCGGUACAAAUGCUUUUCUUGGUAUUGUCAACCAUACCUGUGAGACAGCCACUGCAUUCUGUCCGUGCAGCAUGGUGGACCGGCUGUGUCUCAAUUGUAACCGCAUGGAGCAGAAUGAAUGUGAGUGUCCGUGUGAAUGCCCACUUGAGAUGAACCUGUGUACAGGGGAGCUGAUGGACUUCGAGGACCUUAACCCAAGCUGCUUCCAUGCCCCUGAGGAGGAGCGUCUGGUUGUUGCUGACCCGGUUAUUGUAGAAGACCUGCAGCAGUGCUACCAGCCUCGGUGUGACCAGCGCAAGGCCAAGAUGGACUGUAUGGGUGUGCUGGACUGUGAGUGGUGUCAGCUACAGGCAGAUGAGAAUACACCACUCAAGAACUCCUACUGUGCUAGUCAGAGGGAAUGUUUUGGCGGAGUGGUUGGAGCGCCCACCCCAUAUGGAGAUGAAAUCAGUGCCAUGGAACAAGAGUUUGACCCCAGCAAGCCAAAGAGUACCCCUGUGGGGCCUGUAGCAGGAGGCAUCAUGGGCUGUUUCCUAUUAGUCGCCCUGGGAGUGUACUGCUACCGCCACCACGUGCAUCGCAACUCCCACCACUACAUCAGCACACUGCCAGACAACCAGAACCGGAUGUCCCACUACUACAAUGAGCCUGAUGACCCGGAGCCAACUGAGGAGCAAGGAGCAGGUCACACCAACUUUGUGUUGGCAUCAUUCGAGAACCCAGCCAGUAUUUCUCCAUAUCGAGUGAACACAUCCUACCGCCGUCCCGCUGGUGGUGACAGUGACCAUGGCUACAGUACAAUGACACCACAUGAAGACAGUGAACAUGCCAGUCUGCCUUGCCUGGAACCUCUUCUUAUUGGCAAGGACCGAUACAAGCCACAUGGCCUCACAAAGACUCCUAUGUUGCCGCCACCUCCAACAACCAGUAGGCGAAGUCGUAGCCCCACUCCACCACAGACUCGACUGUCCACAUACAUGCCCAUACCAGAACAGACUGUCAUACCCUCUGAGUCAAUAUUGGGGCCUACUACAGUGAUUGCAGAAGCCCCACAUAGUGUUAUUGCCAAUGUGCAGGUACACAUGGUGGACACACACUGAACUGAAGGAAGCCUAGCACUAGACUGCCAACACACUGGGCUUCAUCUCUACUCUAGUGCUCACAAGCUGUGCCAGUGGUGGGGAACAAGGCACACUCCUAACUUCAGUAGUCAAUUUCUCAGGGAUACCUCACUAUGGCAAAUGUAGACUGUGUGUGAAGGCCAAAUAAACACUGGCAUGACUGCCACAUGAAUGAUUUGGGAGAGCCAGCAGGCAGCUAGCUGAUCAAGGAGUACACCAGAUUGGGAGAGCCAGCAGGCAGCUAGCUGAUCAAGGAGUACACCAGAUUGGGAGAGCCAGCAGGCAGCUAGCUGAUCAAGGAGUACACCAGAUUGGGAGAGCCAGCAGGCAGCUAGCUGAUCAAGGAGUACACCAGAUUGGUAGAGCCAGCAGGCAGCUAGCUGAUCAAGGAGUACACCAGAUUGGUAGAGCCAGCAGGCAGCUAGCUGAUCAAGGAGUACACCAGAUUGGUAGAGCCAGCAGGCAGCUAGCUGAUCAAGGAGUACACCAGAUUGGGAGAGCCAGCAGGCAGCUAGCUGAUCAAGGAGUACACCAGAUUGGGAGAGCCAGCAGGCAGCUAGCUGAUCAAGGAGUACACCAGAUUGGUAGAGCCAGCAGGCAGCUAGCUGAUCAAGGAGUACACCAGAUUGGUAGAGCCAGCAGGCAGCUAGCUGAUCAAGGAGUACACCAGAUUGGUAGAGCCAGCAGGCAGCUAGCUGAUCAAGGAGUACACCAGAUUGGGAGAGCCAGCAGGCAGCUAGCUGAUCAAGGAGUACACCAGAUUGGGAGAGCCAGCAGGCAGCUAGCUGAUCAAGGAGUACACCAGAUUGGUAGAGCCAGCAGGCAGCUAGCUGAUCAAGGAGUACACCAGAUUGGGAGAGCCAGCAGGCAGCUAGCUGAUAUAGGAGUACACCAGUACACUGUGUGUUUCCAACUUGGAUGUGAUGAUAUUAUUUAGUGCUCCGUUCUAUCACCCUCUCACCUGUGUUCACCUUCUCUUGUAUUGGAGAUGGAUUGUUUUCAGUGACAAAUACGGACACCUGGUGAAUGAACACAGACUACAACAAAAGCAGUCAUACUGUUGCCAGAAUCUUUUCAAAAGCGGGUGUUUGUCAAAAUGGCAGUGUUUGGACCAAUUUUUGAGCACUAGUACAUUGUGUAUUUGACCUUGUACAAGUGGAAAAAGGCAUUUACUGUUUGCUAUAUUAUUUCAAUACCUCAGUAGGUAUACAUGUGGCAUUUCCUCACUCUCUUCAGUGCAAGGCACAUUGAGAGUCAUUGUCUCUUUCGGAGAUGGCAUGUGCAAAAGCUUUUUAAAAACCACAGCGAUGAAUAUGAUUGGAUAAGCUUGUAUAACUUUACUGACCUCUGUGAACAGACAUCCGAGUAGAGCCGGACAUGUACGGGGUGAAAAAAGUGCUGUAUAGUUCGCUAAUGUAUGUCGGCUAGAUGUGUUUGUAUAUUUCAUCCUGUUGUCUAGUGAAUUAGGCAGUUGAGUGCUAUUUCCUUUUCCAUAGCUUUGCUGUGUAGCUGUCUUCCAUGGCUGAUUACCUCCCUUUCUUGUGUCUGCUACAUUCUAAGUCAGUAGCAGGUAGCUACAUCUAUGUGGUUAAGCAACCCCAAAGACAUUAAUCAGAUCACCAUACACACAAAUAGGGGAGACCUAAUGUGAUGUGCACAAAGAAGCGUGGUAUGCCAGUUACCUCCCAGAAUACUGUGUUCUAUUGCCAUGUUUCGUUGUCAUGUUUUUUAAGAUGAUGAAUUAAAUUUAGAAAGUUUUGUGCGUGUCAGUUUCAGAUCCAAAGAUUUUGUUGUUAGCUUUAUCAGCUAAGAUAUAUACCAUUUUUGAUGUUUACACAAUACAGCUUUAUCCUUUACCUUGUUGUACUUUAACACACAGGACUUUCGAUGUCUACAAAACUAUUAAUCCUUCAUAAAACAAAUGGAAAUCACUUUCUAUAUUUAAAGUAUUGAAAAAUAUUUGUUCAUUAAGUAGACAACAUUCACAAUGAGUGUCAACGAUAAUAUGUAACAUACUAUUGAUAUGAAGCAGAAUUUAUUAUCUUGCUCGAUCUUAUGGCCAGCUUUUAGUCGAAAGACUUGUUAUUAUUUAUAUCUCAAUGAAAUAUAUAGUUGAUCUCACUGUCAAAGAUUAUCAAAUGUAUUACAGAAGAAAGUUAUAUUUAUGUAUUAAGGGUUUCCACUUUCUCAAUUUAUUUUUUUUUUGGGGGGGGGGAUGUUUAAUGUGUUGAUUCUUUAAAUACUCCAAUGUUUAACCUACGUUUAGUUCAAGUAGUCAGAUGCUUAUGAAGUCAGGUUUUCGGUAAAAUUUCAAAGUUAAAGAGGAAUAUAUAUAUGUAUAUGAUAUUUACAGUGUGUACAUCAUAGUGCAAAAGUAUAUGUGCUGUAAGUAGUUACCAUAGAGUAUAUGAUACAAUUAUGAAAUGUACAUAUGUAAAUAGCACAGAGGUUUUAGCUUUGUAUUGUGUGACUGGUUUGCCCCCAGUCUAGUGUUAUGUAGACUGGCAACUCUCCGAUUCCUCCUGCAGGCUUCCUGUCCUUCUGUAUGUGCUACGUUCAUGUAAUAGCAGUAUCACUUGCUGGACGUGGGGUAUGUGUGUGAUGGAAGGAACACAAAAACUUAGUUGACCAUCACUUUGUUGAUAUUAUGGUUUCCUCGGACAUGUGCCUACCAGGGUCUUAACUAUGUAGGUUAUCUAGGAAUCUAGGCUGUUGAAUGCUAAUUGUUAUCAAAUUUUGUAAGUUGUAAAUGUGGCUAAUGCUCUUUUGCAUUAGCAUAUUUUGUAAUAAAAGAAAAGAAUAAAA